AUGACUUCAACUAUGUCAACUGUCAUCGAGAUGGAGACCGCGACGACUGUGCCCGCCCGCCUGGAAGAUUACGUGGGGUUUUACGGCGACCCAUUCGUGACCCUGAGAGACUUUGAAGACGAUGAGGUGAAACCCCUUGCUGUCAGUAAAGGAAGAACAGUUCAGAAUCCUGCCGGUGAAACCGACACCGAGACAAACACAGUCCAGGACGAUGAGGACCAGUGGGCCAGAUACAACCCACCGGCCGCCCUCAAAACGGCGCCAAACCUCACUAAUAUGGUUGCCCUCGAAAUCCUGCAGACUUCCAUUGAGAAUGUACAGGCAAGAGUCGCCGAGGACAAUCAGCGAAAGCAGCUCGAGGACGAUGCCAGGCAGCGGGAAGCUGAAGCAAACGCAAACAACGAGGCAGACGGCGCGGCAAAGGAGCCGUAUCUGCCCAUCAUCAUAAUCCCCGACGGAAGCGAGCCAUCCGCAGCCGACAAGACAGAGAGUGUCGAGAACCUCAAGCUGUUUCCGGAACUGAUGGGAGCGAGUGAGGGCAGUUCACCUCAGGGACUCAUCGUCCUACCAUUCCAGCCCAAGAAAAAGAGUCGCUUCGUCCUGACAAGAAUCCUACAAAAGAUUAGUGAAAAGGACUCGACGAAGAAAUAUUCCCGUUUCGGCGGCAACCCAAGCAAAACGAGCCUUGACGCAGUGUCUGAUGAUGCUGUCACGAAGAAGGAAAAAAAACCUCUCGUUACUGUCGGGUGUGUAUCAUGCCUCGACGACUUCAGUCCCAAGGAAGUGAUCAAAGUCACAUGUCACAGCUACUGUCGCGACUGCUUCGAGCGUCUCAUUGCCUCUGCCGUUCAGAACGAACAGCAGUGGCCGCCCAAGUGCUGCCUCAACCACAUCCCCAUCCGUACCGUCCUACGCAACGUCCCCGCAGACCUGGCCAAGACCUGCAAAGACCGCGCUGUCGAGUGGAAGAUCCCCGUCAGCGAUCGAAUCUACUGCGGCAACCUGGACUGCGGCCUCUGGGUGCGGCCAGAACAUGUCAACCAGGGCCUGCGCGUCGCCCGGUGCCGGGACGGCCAUCUCAGCUGCACCAUCUGCCGCGGCCCGCACCACGAGAACGCAGACUGCCCUCAAGACCGCGACCUGGCUCUGACGAACGCCCUCGCCGAGGAAGAAGGGUGGCAGCACUGCGGCAAGUGCCAGGCGCUGGUCGAGCACCGCGAGGCGUGUCAGCACAUGACGUGCCGGUGCGGCCACCAGUUCUGCUACGUCUGCGGCCUGCGCUGGAAGACGUGCGCAUGUACCAUGCAGCAGCUUCACGACAUCAAGGCCGGGGCCGCGGCGAGGAGGGCAGAAAGAAUGCGGAGGGUGGCUGAGGAGGAGGAGGAGCUCCGCGAUGCGUUGCGGCAGAUUGAGGAGUUUGAGCGGGAGGAGGCGCUCAAGGCUGAGCUGCUGAGGCUCGAAAUGGAGAGGGUGGAGGAGGAGCAGCGCAGAUUGGAGGAGGAAGAGCGCGUUCGUCUCGAGAGCCUGCGACGUUACGAGAUCGAGGUCAGGUAUCAGGAAUUGCGGGAGCUACUUGACCAAAUCCACGACUUGCAAGACUUCCUAGUCCGAUACCAGCACGACAAGGAGAAGGAACUCACGUCCGAGGAGGCGAAGACGUCAACGGUGGAGCUCGAGUCGAAGCAGCAGGCGGAGCAGCUCGCGCUCGUUGAGAAGGCUGCGGACAAGCUAGCCGUCAAGGUGAAGAGCCUCACGACGGAAUACGGGGCCCGCGUCCUGGAGGAGCAGAAGACUGAGGACGCGUACCUGCGGCAGCUGCAGAGCUUCUUCGCUGACCGGCCCUCGAGCGAAGAACGCGUUGAGAAACUCAUGCGGGACUUCCGCAGGGAGAUGGAUAAAGGGUGGCGGGCCUGGGAGCGGUGGAGGGCCGAGGAGGUGGCCCGGUACAAAGUCAAGGUGGAAGAGGAGCGGACGAUCCGGGAGGAAAUAAUGUACAGCGUCCGGAAACGACACGAGGAGAACCUCGAGAGAGUGCAGGCUGAGCUCGGCAGGAGGCAGGCUGCCGAGUUGAAGUGGGUGACACUGGUCGUUGCUGAGAGGACUCGGAUGCUGGACCAAAUGGAGAGCGCGGAGCUGGAGGAUGGUGCGGAGAUCAACGUAGCUCUGAUCGAGGUGAGGGACGAGGCAGGGCCUAGUUGA